UUAGUUUCUCCAUAAGACGCUGCAGCCGCAGCCCGCAGCAGACCAACUUGGACACAAAUGAGAUUUUCGCAUUUGUGGAGAACGUGCAACGUAGGAUGUUUUACUGCUCUAGAGUCGUGUCAAAGUUCCUCAGUUUUUGGCGGAUUUGAACAAAGUUUCUGCGCUCUGCAGGGAAAUUAAGUAGCCGCUGUAUGGAAUAUGGUGACGUAAACUAUUUUAAAUCAAUAUUGAAUUCAGGGAAAUCUGUACUCCUUAUUUCGCCAAGUUCUCGCCAAAGGACCGCCUAUUACUGUUUGUACAUCCCAAAGUGAUCCGCCUUUUGGAAAUUAUUCGAAAUUUUAGUCCCGAAAAGAAUCUCGACGAACGCCAAAGAGUAAACCCUAAGAUGUGUGCCAUUAUUUUUGUCGAACGAAGAUGCACGGCCAAUGUACUUAACCCCUUCUUGAAGGAUGUUGCCAAACACGACAAAACUUUGGAAUUUAUGAAGCCAUUAUUCACAAUGGGCCAGGCAUUAGAUCGAAACGCUUCACUGAAAGAAACUAAAAUUCUCAACAUGAAACAAAACUAGAUUAUGACCAGCUUUCGCGAAGGUCGUUGUAAUCUGAUAGUGGCAACCUCUGUGCUGGAAGAAGGAGUUGACAUUCCUGCCUGUAAUCUAAUUUUAAGAUUCGACCUCAUCAAAACCUACUGCGAAUACGUUCAGGCCAAAGGAUGUGCCAAAAUUAAGCAUUUAAUGAAUUCAGGCCGAGCAAGGAGCAGGAAAGCCUUUUAUUGUUUGAUGGUGAGCCAAAGUGAAACGGAAAGCUACCUGAAGAAUUUGGCACAGUUCCAUAGCAUUGAACAGCAGCUCUUGGCUAUCGGAAAUUUCGAAGACGAUCGGGACAGUGUUAUAGACAACCUAUUUUGCGAAAUCAUUCCACCCUACGCUCCCUACGGUGAAGACGGACCCCGUAUUACGUUACUGAGUAGUAUAUCGCUUGUCAACAGGUACUGUGGCCAGCUCUCGUCAGAUCCAAAUGUCCUUUUGGCCCCCAAACUAACAACCAAGAAAGCUGAUAAAAGCGUAGCCGAUCCCGCUCAACUAAAAAAUAUUAAAGACGUUCUUAAAAAAUUACCAAAUGAUAAUCGUGGAAUGACCAACGGAUUUUCGAUUGGUGAUUUAUACCAGUGUCGUCUAAUUCUUCCUCUAAACUCGCCCUUGAGAGAAGAGAUAAUUGCAGACGUGAUGCCAACUAAACGUCUGGCCAAAAGAGCAGUUGCUUUAAGCAUGCUUCACAAGCUGAAAGAGCUGGAUGACGUUCAUCUCUUUCCUAUUCCACGGCUGAUUCCAGAAGAAGAAGAGGAAGAGUUGCCAAUAGAAGAUGAUGCCAGUGUACCUCAACACCAUGGAAACGUCACGAUUUGCAAACGUCGUUUCCCUGCUUGUUUUUCGAAUUGCCGACCUAUUCCGAGACAGCCCAACUUCGUUUAUUUGAUAGACUUUAUGCUGAUGAAGCCUUGCCUGGAUGUGAACAAACUAUUUUUACCAUUCGUCGUGGAAACAAAGUUAGCCAUUUUGACGUCACAAGUCAUACCUGCGAUUUGUCCGUUACCUUUGAUUACGCGAGCUGGGGAAUUCCAAGUCAAUCUGUGUGGAGUGGAUUCAAUCAUCCUUGACGACAGUCAGCUAGAAAAACUCGAAAAAUUUCAUCAGUUUAUCUUCCAAGACGUGAUUUUCUUGUGGAAACGUCAACUAGAUUUUGACCUACAGGCCUCUGAUUUGCAGUACCUCAUUGUCCCUCUACAAAGUGCAACCGAAAAACUGGACUUUGUUCUCGUCGAAAAGAUGAUCAAUGCACCAACCGUCGAGUGGGAAAAACGGCCACCUUUCACGGGCAACAAGUUUUCAUUCGAACCGAAAGAGUAUGUCGACGCAGUUAUCGUUCCGUCCUAUAAACCGCUGGGGACAUUAAAUCCCUUCUACGUCGAUGGCGUUUCAGACUUUACACCGCUCUCUGCGUUCCCAGAAAGAGAGAAUGAAACUUACGCAUCUUAUUUUUCCAAAAAAGUACAAUCAGAUAUUGACUGUGUUUUAAAGUCCUUUUUAAUAUGGCAAAUUAUCUAUUUUAUUCACAACAGAUUGGCUUCAACGAAGAAAGAAAUUCCAAUGCAUCAUGUGCCUGAACUUUGCAAUAUAUAUCCGCUGCCAGGAUCUGUUUGGAAACAGGUGGUAUGGAUCCCAUCCGUUCUCCAUCGUCUUAAUGGCAUGCUGGUGGCCGAAGAACUUCGCAUCUUGAUCUUUAAAGAAGCUAACGUGGGAAUAGAUUUUUUACCGGGAUCCGUCAACGUUUUCUCGGUCUGGACCCCGUUGAAACUUCAGCCGCCCAAAUCUCGUUCAGACAGCCAGUUCGUUUCGUAUCCAAUGCCUCUAACAAACUCCUUGAAAACGUCGGUGUCCACGGAUUUGUUAGACCUCGGGGCAAGUAUGAUUUGGCAUCUUGAAUAUGACGAAACAGAGAAGGAUCUCUUGCCACCGGAUUCUGCCGUCGACCAAACUAGUCCGUCGUCAUCGAUCGCGGAAGCGAAAACGGACGCUUCAAGUUCCGAACUUCUCUACAAGAUCCCAGCACUUGACGAAUUCCUGGAAUUCCAUUGUUCGAUGGAAGACCAAAAAAGGAAAUGGGUUGAUCUGGCUUCUGAGGAUCCAUUGGAAUGCCAACCGAAUUGUAAACCGGAAAUGAUUGAUUUGAAAUUUGAUGUGGGCAAUCCCAGCACGCAGUCAGUUUUCGGGCCCUCGCCUGGCAUAGUGUUAGAGGCUCUUACCCUUGCUAAGGCAAAUGAUGGGUACGAUAUGGAGCGCUUGGAAACGAUCGGCAACUCGAUUCUAAAAUACUACCCAAGCGCUUGA